UCCACGGAUUCUGAAUCCAAAUGUCCACUUCAUCAAGUUCCAUCUCCAGCAACUCAUCAACAAUUACUCACUCUAAGGCUAAUUCGACAAAGAAAAAAUCAAAUAGCGCCAAACAAACAAGUACAGUAAUUGAAAAUGAUGAGAUCAUUAACUGUGUUAAUGAAACAAGGUGCAGCAGUAGCCUGAGCCUCAAAUAUCCGACAUAUCGGGGCGUGAGAAUGCGAAGCUGGGGCAAAUGGGUGUCUGAAAUACGUGAGCCCGGGAAGAAAUCAAGAAUUUGGCUUGGAAGUUUCCCUACUGCAGAAAUGGCAGCUCGAGCCCAUGAUGUUGCCUCUCUGGCUAUAAAGGGUCACUUGGCUCACCUGAAUUUUCCCGAACUAGCUCACCGGCUUCCCCGGCCGGCUAGUGUUGCGCCUAAAGAUAUUCAGGCUGCAGCUGCUGAAGCUGCCGCUGCCACGUUUGAGUCUAGCCAGAAUGAGAUGGCGCCUCGUAAAAAUGAAGAGUCGUCGUCGUUCCAGUGUUUAUCAGAAGACGAGAGUGAUAAUGCAUUGUUUGAUCUUCCGGAUCUCUGUGUUGAAGCAAGUGGUAACAGUAGCUAUGAGUUUUGUCGCGAUUCAUGGGAGGAAGUAGAGGGUGAAUUUGAUAUGGGAUUAUUUGAGUUUGAAGAAGGAUUAUGCAGCUGGGAUUAUCUGUUGGGUAAAUAUUAAUG